ACCAUGUUGGCCAGGAUGGUCUCGAAUUCCUGACCUCAAGUGAUCUGCCCACCUCGGCCUCCCAAAGUGCUGGGAGUACUGACGUAAGCCACCGUGCCCGGCCAGAAACACUGAUUUUUAUCAGUAAUGAUUCCACACCCUUUUAGGAUAUUACUAACAUUUAAAAGAAAAUAUAUACAACUUUUGAAAUUCGUGCUCCACUCCAGCAACUGCUUUCAAUCGGAGUUCCAUCCUCCGCCGCCGUAUUCCCUAACGCAGCGUUAUCUUCAGAGCUACCACCUGCUUCCGAAACCUUUCGGAGGAGGAGCGCUUCGCCAACACCUGCACGGCCAACCGGCGCGAAAGCGAACCUCGAACGCCAGCCUCUGCGCCUGCGUGCCGCGGCUCCAUUUGGUUCCGCUUCCCUGGCGCCCGCCUGGCUCUUCCCCUGCCGGAGGCCUGUGGUUUGUGGAGUCGAAUUUCCCUGCCACCAGUGCCCGGUUAGCAGGGGUGCCAGCCGCUGGGCGCCUGCGCGGACGGCGGGCGUCAUCACCAUGGCAGCAUCCGCUGGAGGCCCAGGUGUUACUGUUCAUUGACAAGGCACCUGGUCACCCAAGAGCUCUGAUGGAGAUGUGCAAAGAGAUUGAUGUUGUUUUCCUGCAUGCUUGCAUCUAUUCUGCAGCCCGUGGAUCAAAGGGAUCUUGGAGUGAGAAUAUACUGGAGUAUUUUCUGAGAAAUAGCCAGAUUACAGCAGAAGAUGGCGCUGAAAUCACCUGGUAUCAUGCAGCUAACCACAAGGCACAAAUGAAUGAGGCACUGAAAAGUACUGCUCACAUGAUAGAGGCUGAUGUCCUUCUUCCAAGUGAUGGAUCAGAACACAGCCAGCCAAUUAUGGCCCACCCCCCUGAAACAAACAGUGAUAAUACUCUACAGGAGUGGCUGACUGAAGUUACGAAAAGCAAUAAAGGCAUCAAGCUGGAUUUCAAAAGUCUGGCAGCUGUAGAACCAUCCAUGAUGCUCUUGGAAAAUGUGAAGAGGCAUCUGAAGCGCCCUGUAUGGAUUAAUGCCGAUAUUCUUCCUGGUCCAAAUGGAAAUAGCAAAGUAAUAGAUGCAAAACCAUUUUUAGACACCGUGACAUUCUUCUUUCCAGACGUGACAUUUUCCCUGGGUUGGACAACAGGAUGGCAUCCUGAGAAAGUCAAUGAAGGGUACAGUUGGACAAUGGUGAAAGAGAUGGAAUAUAUAUGUAAUGAACUAAGUCAGCCUGUAACGUUCCCUGUCAGAGCAGCAUUAGUCAGGCAGUCUUGUUCUCAGUUGCUUUGGCUGUUAAAGCAAUCAAACAGGUACAGCCUGACUAUUUGGACGGGAAAAAAUGAUAACUAUUCCAUUGAAGAUUUACUUUACAUUAGAGACCAUUUUGACAAAAAACAAGUUUUCUAUGACAUCUUGGAACCACAAAACCAUGAAUUUAAACAAGCUAUUGGAAUCAAAGUUAAUCUCUAAGAAGAAGAUUCUUCUCAAUUAUUUCCUGUGUUUUGGUUUCAUAAUCCUUCUCUCCAUUGGUCUGAAUUAAUUACCAUAUAAAUUAUGGUUAUCGGUU